UAGUAGUGAGUAUUGGUGACUUCAUGUGUUUACGUUUUGAGCGCGAGUGGACAGUUUAGGGAAUCACCAAGCAUGUUUUCUCAGCCCUUCAACACCAAGGCCCAGAGGCAAUGGAGGUGGUGGUGAACGGAGGGUGAUUAUUUCCCCUGCAGCUCGGUAAGGGAGGUACGGCAGCUGUAAAGGAGUCAAAACACCGCCAACACACACAGCAGACAGCAGCGGGAACAACCUCGGCAGCAAGUAGUGUCAGUCACCAAGCGGUCUCGUCACUCCAUCAUCCCUUUUAAGUCUCAUCAUCCUCCCUGACCCUCCAGUUCAGGCCAAUCACUGUGUCGGGAUGGAGGAGAAGCUGCCCAUAAUUGAGGUGACCGGGGACAACCUGGCUCAGGUGUGGCCCUGUCUGUCACGGGCCUUGAGGGACGCGACCUUCGUGGCCAUGGACUGUGAGCUGUCUGGCCUUGGGAACAGAAGCAAGAUCAAAAGCUUUGAACUUGAUGUGCGGUACCAGAACAUGGCAGAGGUGGCUCGGAACUAUGCUAUUGUUGCCCUGGGAAUAUCUUGCUUUUCCUGUAACUCUGUGAGCAGUAUUGAUAUGCAGGAUGAGAAAGGUGAAGAACAAAUCCGCAGUCAUGACUACAUGGUGCAGACCUUCAACGUGCUCACCAUGUGCUCCGAUCCCUUCACCGUGGAGUGUGAUUCCCUCAAGUUCCUGCACAACCAUGGCUUUGACUUCAACAAGCUGUAUGCCAAGGGAAUACUCUACUACAAAGGCUGUGAUCGCAAGAAUGACAAAUCGCUGAGUGUACGAAAUCUCUUCACAAAGCUGCUAGAAUACAGAAAGCCUCUCAUUGUACAUAAUGGCUUGAUAGAUCUCAUCUUCCUCUACCAAUCCUUUUACUGUGACCUUCCCAAGAAGAAUGACACCUUUGCAGCAGACCUUGAUGACCUUUUUCCAGCGGGAGUUUAUGACACAAAGUACCUUGCUGAGUUCCACCAAGCUGUUCCUGCAAGUUACCUAGAAUACCUGUUCAAAAAGAUGCAGCUGAGGAAUAAUAGUCGCCAGAGGAAUGGACAGUGGCAUGUACGGUUACGCUUUCCACCAUACCCUAGGCAUGCUCCCAACAUUGACUGGUACUCUUACCUCCAGAUUUUCUCCUACAAAGUGGAUGAAGAUACUGACAAACGGGACCUCUGUCAGAACUACGCUUUCCAUGGGUUUUGCAAUGAUGUUAGGUGUUCCCAGAGCCACAACAUCAACAGAGUGGUGAAGGAGAUCCAGAUACAAGGAGCUAAGAAGCACGGAGACUCCAAGUAUGCUGGUUAUAAAAAAGGUUCUCUGGUUCAUGUCAUUGAAAACUUUACCAAGAAAUUAGAAGAGGGGAAGUCCCAGAAAAGAAAAUCAUUCUCUGACAAUGUUCCUCCUGCAAAAAAGAGUCAUUUGAGUUCGAAGGAAACAAAGGAGGCUGAACAGGUCAGCAAAGACUUGAAUGGUGUUGUGCCAGAGCAGAUUGAGCCUCAGAGCCUUCGCAGUACCAAUGGUCACCGCGCUGGCUACGAUGCAUUCAUGACCGGUUAUGUAUUUGCCAGUAUUGUCUCAGGGAAGGGAGUGUGGACAUCUAAAGACGAUCCCUUUACACCUGCAAAUGUUGGCUUGGCUGAUCAAGUAAAUAAGGUGUAUCUAGGAGGUAAAAACUUUCCCUUUCUGAUCAGAACAGGAGCCUAUGCAAGUAAGUCCUCAAAACAUUGUAGUAAAAUUGAAAAAGUGAGGGGUAGCGAAAGCACUGUAAGAAAUGUAUAAGUAUCAGUUUAAAAAGUAAAUGAAGCACAAGUCAAUACUGGUAAAUGUUUAAUGAAAUAUGUGUUCAGAACUUAUUCUUAUCAUAAUAUAAACAGACUUUGAUCACAGCCUACCUUGGAUAAUACAUGGUGCAAGAAUCUUUA